AUCGUGACUCGCUCUUCUUUUUCAUAAGCAGCAAAUACAUAUAAAGGCGACAUGGGCAAACAGAAAAAGCCAAGCAUUAAUCCAAAGAAUCUUCAAGCUUAUGAACGCAUCAACUUUUUACAUCAGGCAUCUGUCUUGAUGUCAACUAUUAAAUAUGAGCCUAAUACAACGACUAAAGAAUCAACUGAGAAACAAGCAAAAGUGAAGGAUUGGCAAGGAGAUCCUAAAGGAACUUUACUUGGUACUAGUCGAUACUUGAAUAAUACAAUGAAGCAUAUAUCUGCUAAACUUGUUAUCAGAUUGGACUCGCAUUUAAAGAGAAUGGUAUGCAAACGCUGCGAUACGACCCUUUUGCCUUCCAUUACAUCCACACAUCGCAUCAAAUCUAUGCCAGUGACAACCAUAAUAACUACCUGCAAAGUAUGCAAAGCUAAAAAGAGAUUUGCAUUUCAUGAUAAAGACUAUGUCCUUUUUAAUGAUAAGGCAGCCAUUCAUGAUGAACAGAAUGAUACAAGAGAGCCAUCUUUGGAUAGUAAUACUUGUUAAUAUCUGCCAUUCCUGGAUAAAGCAUUUAUUUAGAACAUAUUUAGGCAAUAGUAAGAGAUCAGAGACAAGACUUGACUGAGCAAUGAAUGAAAGAAGACACCCUCCUUUUUUUUUUCUUUACUAGUCUAUUAUAAAUGAACAAUAGAAAAGUGUAUGCUUAUUAUAUCUCAAUUGAACGAAGCUUGAUCCAUGACAAAAAUCAACAAAAUAUAAAUUCAAAUUUAUCU